CGUUCUAAGUAAGUGGCUGCUCUGAUCUCCAAUUAAAGCCUGCCUGCCGGCUGGAAGUAAGCAAAGGUCUGAACUCAAUAUCAUCACUUUCUUGUUAAUAAUGGAUCCAGGAGAUCAGCACCACCACCACCACCACCAUCACCACCAGGCCAUAUUCACGGCCAGCCUGUUCAAGUGGCCGGACCCCAACCGGCUGCUGGAGCCAGUCCCGCCACCGCAUCCCCUAGCCCUGCCGCAGCCCCUUUCCCCUCCUCCUCCGCCACUGCCGCCUCCCCCGCAGCCCCCGGGGAUGGUGGGGAUGGAGGAGCUCUUCCAGGCCUACGGGAUCAGGUACUUCACGGCUGCGAAGAUCGCUGAGCUCGGGUUCACCGUGAACACCCUCAUCGACAUGAAGGAAGAGGAGCUUGACGACAUGAUGAACAGCCUCAGUCAAAUAUUCCGUUAUGAGCUUCUUGUCGGAGAAAGGUACGGCAUAAAAUCUGCUGUCAGGGCCGAGCGUAGGCGGCUUCUCCACCCCGCCUCCGACGGCACCGCCACGGUGAUGGAUGCCCUCUCGCAGGAAGGCCUCUCGGAGGAGCCAGUUCAGCAAGAGAAUAAUGGGGCAGUGGAAGGUGCGGCUGAUGUUGGCGGUGAUGGGGUCAUAGGGAAGAAGCUAGCACGACAGAGGAGAAACAGGCGGAGGAGGCCGAGGAGACGGAGAGGCGACAACGAGGAGGAUGACGACGAUGAGGACGACGAUGAAGAGGAGGAAGAUCAGUAUAGGAGGCAGAGGGAGCAUCCGUUCAUUGUGACAGAGCCCGGGGAGGUGGCCCGUGGCAAGAAGAACGGCCUUGAUUACCUCUUCCACCUCUACGAUCAGUGCCGAGAAUUCCUCAUCCAAGUCCAGAACAUUGCCAAAGAGCGUGGCGAAAAAUGCCCCACGAAGGUGACAAAUCAGGUGUUUCGGUAUGCGAAGAAGGCAGGAGCGAGCUACAUCAACAAGCCAAAGAUGAGGCACUACGUUCACUGCUACGCGUUGCACUGCCUAGACGAGGAGGCCUCGAAUGCUCUGAGGCGGGCGUUCAAGGAGAGAGGGGAGAACGUCGGGGCUUGGAGGCAAGCCUGCUACAGGCCGCUUGUGGCCAUUGCAGCCCGUGAGGGCUCGUGGGACAUCGAUGCUGUCUUUAACUCUCAUCCCCGCCUUGUCGUCUGGUACGUCCCUACAAGGCUCCGCCAACUCUGCCAUGCCGAGCGAAGCCGCCUCUGCACCUCCGCUGCUUCCAGCUCGGUCUCCGGCGGAGGGACAACUGCAGCCACUCAACACCACCAUCAUCAUCAACAGCAGCAUCAGCACCAACAUAUUCCGCCAUACUAAUUAGUAAUUACUAUCAAUCUCAUUCCUCGGACCCCAGAUCACCCGGUAGGGCUAUAAUAUGCUCAUGUCUGUAUUAGGUAUCAUGGAUUUUGAUUAAUGAUGUUUGACUCUUAUAUGAAGCAUUGGAACAUUUGCAGUAUCUUUUUCAUGUUAAACCCAAGGAGCAUAGACUGUCCUAAAUUAGCAAA